GGGGCGGUAGGCGUGAUCUCCCGGCACCGCCCCCGGCUCGCCGGAAGGCGCGCGACGACACUUCCGUGCGCCGGGGCGGGGUCUGCGCGGUCCAAUCGGGCGCCUCCGGGCCGGGGAAGGCGCGUCGUCCGAAGCCUCCGCCGGGAUGGCGGCCCUUCCGCGCAACAACCUGCGCGAGCAGCUGCAGCGUCACUCGGCCAGGGGCGCCCUCGGCUCGCGCGCCGAGCCCAGGCCGAGGCCCGCGGGAUUUGUAUUCAGAAAGAUGAAUUGCCUUGAUGUCUGCGCAUCAGGAUAUAUGGGUGGAACAAAACUUACGGCCUUAAAGGACAAAAAUACCAAUUCUUCUUUGGAAAAACAAAAUGGUAUUAAAAAUAAGCAAACCAAAAUUAAUGAGCUGUUUGAAACAACACUGAAAGUUGAAGAAGGAAAAAAAGAGGAUUCAAAUGAUCAACAUGUCAAAAAUUUCGAUUGUUUUAUCUCUUCUGUGAAAGAAAGUGAUGUGGGCUGUAAAGUAGGGGGAUCCGAGAUCCCUACUCCAGAACAUAAUUGUUCAAACAACUCAUUUAUUGACCUUACUGAUAGUUGGGAAGACAUGGAGGACUUUGAAACACCUGGACCACAAAAAAGAUGUCCACAACAGUCUGUAUCGUUUCAAGAUAAGUGGUCUGUAAAAAAUAGAAAGACUGCAAAAAGCCUGAAUCCCUCUACUGGAAAAUCAAAGAUAUCUAGCACAGAAAGAGAUAAUGAAGAAUGUAACGAUGUGUAUAUUUGUACAAAUAGGAAAACACAAAUGCUUCAUAAGGAACAAGAGGGAGGCAGCCUGCCUGUUCCUUGUCUUGUCCCUUCAAAUUCCAGUCAAAGAGAUUUUUCAAAUGGAGAACGUGAAGAGGAGAAGUCUUUGAAAAGUCUCCCGACAGGAAAAAAAGAAAAAUCUUGGAUUGAGCAAAAUGAUUCUGGCCUCCCUUUAAGUGGGAAUGAAGAGUCUGAGGAUGGAAGGGAUGACCCUCAAGUAUUCAGUGAGUCUGAAGACUACGUGGACUUCGUUCCUCCAUCCCCAGAGGAGGAGGUGCUGCCUGCUUCGUUCGUGCUGAAGAGCACUAGGCAUUUUCCCCAAAGGACAGCUGAUGAGGCAACACUGAGUCCUGAACUCUCGAUGAAUCAACUUCCAGAGUUUGGAGAAACCAGCAAAAGGAGCGAAGGAAGGAAAGAAGGCCAGUCCCUCGUAUGUGUAAUGGAAGAUAUCUGUCGACUGGUGGAUUCCAUUCCAGAAAAAGAGUUGAAGUCUCUGCUAGGCGGUCAAGAGCUGCUUCGGCUUAGAGAUUGCAGAAGAAAACUGUUGAGCAACCCCAGAAAUGGAAACAGAAUCGGUGCUGAUACACCUCUAGAUAUCAACCGCAAAUGUAAUUUCGACCAUGGUGGGUCCCGAGAUGGAACUUGCUCUUCUCAGCUGGGAAAAACGUGUCCCGCUCUUCCUCAGUGGGGUGCUUGUACUCCUGGGCCAUUUUCCGGCAAGCUGCCUGGUGAUGUCCCCCCCCUGCCUGGCUUUCAUCUGCCACCCUCUCAAGGAUCAGCCAGCGCCGAUCCCUCUGUUUCCGUGAAAGAUCCUACCUUGGAUGCUUCCUCUUCGGCCAUGGAAAGUUCAGGCAUAUCUUGUCCCAAGAGGGAAGCCGGUGGAAUUUGGGGGAAUCCAGACUUAGAAGCAAAGACAUGCUGGUGGCCUUCAACGCUGAGUGGAGCAAAACCAGAGAGCCAAGGGAAGCGCACUCCGUUUAUGAGCAGUGUUGAAAGGGGGAGUUCUUUGGCAACUGGAGGGCAGACGCUUAGCCUUGAUGAUGAUUUUGAUUUUGAUGACUUGGACGAGGCAAUGAGUGCUUCAACAACCAGACACGCUUAUGAGGGGCCAGCCCAGCUUGCUGCAGAUGCUUCCCCUGCACAAUUAUUUUUGAAAGGAAACCGUGUAGUCUCCAAGGCAAAUACCGAUCUUUUGCGUAGCAAUGUUUCUUACACGGACCGUUCUGUGAGUGGCGAGAGUUGUCCUGUUCUUCCACUAAUUAAGAACACACCUUCCAGAAAUGCCACCCUGGAACCAUUCAGAGGUUUAGCAUUUCCACAUUCUAAUGAGAUGCUGAAGAUAUUUCAUAAAAAGUUUGGUCUCCAUCAUUUUCGGACCAAUCAGCUUGAAGCCAUUAAUGCUGCUUUGCUGGGUCAAGACUGCUUCAUCCUGAUGCCCACAGGAGGUGGCAAGAGUCUGUGCUAUCAGCUACCAGCCUGUGUUUCAGUGGGAGUCACCAUCGUCAUCUCUCCCUUGAGGUCCCUGAUAGUGGAUCAAGUUCAGAAGUUGACCUCCAUGGAUAUCUCAGCCACGUACCUCACAGGUGACAAGACUGGUGCUGAAGCAUCCCAAAUUUACAUGCAGCUCUCCAAGAAGGACCCCAUUAUAAAACUCCUCUACGUUACUCCAGAGAAGGUUUGCUCCAGUGGUCAGCUGAUGUCAGCGCUGGAGAAUCUGUACCAGCGACAGCUCUUGGCUCGCUUUGUGAUUGACGAGGCCCACUGCGUCAGUCAGUGGGGUCAUGAUUUUCGUCAAGACUACAAGCGGCUGAACAUGCUCCGAAAGAAGUUCUCCUUGGUUCCCAUGAUGGCCCUUACUGCCACCGCCAACCCCAGAGUGCAGAAGGACAUCCUGAACCAGCUGGAGAUGCACCAGCCCCAGGUGUUUACUAUGAGCUUUAACAGGCACAACUUGAAAUACGACGUACUACCCAAGAAACCCAAAACCGUUGCUCUAGAUUGCUUACAGUGGAUCAGGAAAUACCACCCUGGUGAUUCAGGAAUCAUUUAUUGUCUCUCGCGGUAUGAAUGUGACUCCGUGGCCAACGCUCUGCAAGGGGGCGGCCUCUCUGCCCUGGCCUACCACGCUGGUCUCCCUGACGGCACCAGAGAUCUCGUGCAGCAGAAAUGGAUUAACCAGGAUGGAUGCCAGGUUAUCUGUGCCACCAUUGCAUUUGGAAUGGGGAUUGACAAGCCCGAUGUGCGCUUUGUGAUCCACGCCUCCCUCCCUAAAUCUAUUGAAGGCUAUUAUCAGGAAUCUGGCAGAAGCGGGCGGGAUGGCGAAGUCUCCCACUGCCUGCUUUUCUACAGCUAUAGCGACGUGACCAGGCUGAGACGGCUCAUCCUGAUGGAAAGGGAAGGUAACAGCCACACCCGGCAGACGCACUUCAACAACCUCUACAGCAUGGUCCAUUACUGCGAGAACAUCAUGGAAUGCCGGAGGAUACAGUUGCUGGCCUACUUUGGAGAAACAGGGUUUAAUCCUAGAUUUUGUAAGGAGCACCCUGAUGUAAGCUGCGACAACUGCUGCAAGCAACAGGUGUACAAGUUGAAGAAUGUGACUGAAGAAGUAAAAAACAUUGUGAUGUUUGUUAAGGAACAUUGUGGUGAAAAAGGAACUAGAAAUAUCAAGAGAACUGCAGGAAGAUAUACCCUCAAUAUGAUGAUUGACAUUUUCUUGGGUUCAAGAAGUGCAAAGAUUCAGUGUGGCCUCUUUGGCAAGGGAGCAGCCUACUCACGGCAUAAUGCCGAGCGACUUUUUAGGAAGCUGGUGCUGGACAGGAUUCUGGAUGAAGACUUGUACAUUAGUGCUAACGAUCAAGCGAUAGCGUACAUCCAGUUGGGGGAAAAAGCUGGUGCUCUGCUGAAUGGCUUCUUGCAGGUGGAAUUCUGUGAAACAGAAAGUGCCAGCAAUAUUCGGAAGCAGAGGGCUUUGGAGACCAAGAUGUCCCUACAGGAAGAGAUGAUUAAGAAAUGUCUCUCUGAACUCACAGAUGUCUGUAAAAACCUUGGGAAAGUGUUUAAUAUCCACUAUUUUAAUAUUUUUAACACUGCCACAUUAAAAAGAAUAGCAGAGACUUUGUCUUCAGAUCCAGCAGUUUUGCUUCGGAUUGAUGGUGUGACAGAGGACAAAUUAGAGAAAUAUGGAGCAGAAAUAAUAGAAGUGAUGCAGAAGUAUUGUUCAAAGAUACUACCAGCAGAAAAGAAGCCUCUCACAGCCACAGAGACUGACUUUAGCAGAUGUGAUAGUGAAGGUGAGGAAGAAGCAACGAAUACAACGUCCAUAUAUUUCCAAACCAAAAAUGGCAAGGGAAGGAAGAGGAAGAAGUCUCAUUUUUUUAAGGAAUCGAAGAAAAAAAAAGGAUCUGGGGGACAGCAGGCUUAUUGUAAGAGGAGUUACAAAGCCUGCAAAAGCACUUUGGCUGGUUCUAAAAAUUCUACUUCCUGUAUUAUUCCUGGCCAGCCAGGAGCUGGCAAGAGGCCUGGAAUGAUGACAGUGCCAAAGCCCCAAAGCAGACAAUACCUUAAACCUUCUUACAUACUUUUGUGAUGCCCUUAAAAGUUAUUUUCAUUUUUGUAAAUGCUAUUCAGCAUAAAAGUAUUAAAGUUUUCAUUGACUUUUA